CACAUCAGGGACGACAGGUCUGUCGUUGGUCGGACACUACACAGCUCGACAUGGCCAGUAUUGCUACAUUCCGACACUGCUUCGAUCAUUGGUGUUCAGCGACGCGUGAACGUGAUAUCAUGGUUCCAGACGGCCUUACUCAUGAUCGUUGCCAUUGCAGCUGUAGUCACUCCGCUCGGCCUUUACGAGACUGUAGGCCAAGAACACAGCUUUACCAAGCUCAGCUUCCAAUAUGUCAAGGAUCCGUCGCCCAUGGGAUAUGGCACCCCCCAACGAAGCGGCCUGGGACCUAGUCGGGUUUGUUUUGAACUGUAUCCGGUCAACUGCCCAUGGACAGACAACAAUAUCUCCACCAUAAUCAACGAUACUGGCGUUUAUUCUGAUUUACCAAAUGGCUACGAUCCAAGCGUGCCGCAAAACCUUACCGACUUCUUCAGCAGUGGUUUGGAGAAGUUUAAUGCCUCUGCAUCGAGCGUGUUCGACAUACAAUGGCGCAACUACAGGACCAAGACUGACGACCUGUACAAUGGCAAAGAAUUCCUAAUUGGUCUGUAUCGGCCACUGCAGUCCAUGAUCUUGAACGACGCGAUCGAGCCUGUUGAAGGUUUGAUUGUCAACACCAAAACAGGUGGUAUUGGUUUCCGCAACCAUAGUGUCCCACCACCUCUAAAGUAUGGCGGGAGCUGGACAGAAGAUCUUCUCUGGAUAGAGCCCGAGACACAAUGUGUUGACAUGAAUACCACUCUAGACAUGACAAUUCCUGAAUACAACUCAGGCCAGCGACUCGCUAAUUUGGUCCUUACCGAUAGGGGCGGAUUUGCUGAAUUCGACAAGCAACUUCCCACCUAUGAUCUCAGCCACCCGCAAUUGAACCCAAAUCUCUACGAUCGAGCACGGUUUGCAGCCAUCUACAACAACAUAUACACCAUGCUGUAUCUGAACAUCACGAAUCCUGGCGAGAAUCGAUUUAGCUACUUGGAUUCCACGGUCGGCAAAGAGUUUGAUCUUGGAAACACAUCCAUGAUUGGAGGACCAACUGCUUACUACGAUCGACUGGUGACCUCCUCUACCUAUGGUAGUUAUCUAUCACUGGAAAGUAAUGCGAGCUAUUAUAACGCAUCGUACGACGCCUUCAAUGCCUCGAAUCCCUGGAGUCUUACCACGAGCAACUUUACCGCAAUUGGCGACUCUUGUCUUUUUGAUGCGGGUGGAAGGCAACGUGCGAACAUCUCGGCCAUCUCUCUCGCGUGCGGUGUUGUUUAUGGUGCAGCACGGCCUGCUGAUGGGGUGUCGACGCUCAUCUACACGCCAGGAUCGCGUUGGUCAGUGCCGAUGUAUUCGUGCGUGUCGGCUGCAAAGGCAUCCCUCAAGACAGUCUCGUUCCAGUACAGUGGAAAUGGAACAGCCGACUUUCGCGCGCUUAAAGUCGUUGACGUGGCAGAUAAAGCCUAUGAUAAUGAGGAUGAUAAGCCAUUAUGGGGAGUAGAGGAUUUGUACGAGCGUGUAUACAACGUGAAACCUGUCUGGGGCCUUGUGGCGGAUCGUUAUCAGAACACGCCAAACAUUACGACGCUGCGCAGCGAACAGUUAUGGCUUCCUGGUCCAGUGGAUUCGCUGACAGUUCAAGGAGCGUCUGCCUUCCAGAACAUGCCUGGUAUCGACUUCUACCGAAAUGCCCUUGCAUCAGCCUACAACGUAGGAAAUGAUAUUCUAAGUCAAGUCGGAACCAACGUUGACUACACCGGCGGCAACAGCCUAGCGCUAUACGCCAAAUGGCAAGAAUACUCUCAACACGCCAACACCACAGCAAAGGCCAUCAACCUAAUCUGGACUGACGUCGCCGCCAAUGCCGUCGCAGGAAGCAGGGGCUGGGUCGGCUACGAGGGCUACAAGAACCUUGGGAAACGCGAAUACUACCCGAACAAAGAUGGCGCCCUCGUGCCCAUCACCCUCAACAUACGCACAGUCAAAUACCACCUCCCCUACGCCAUCCCCGGCAUCAUCGCGCUCGUCCUCCUUCUCAUCACCCUCGUCUCCGCCCUCGUCAUGGUCGUCCUCGGCCGCGCGAAGAACGACAAGAUCCGCCAAUUUCUCAACUCCACGUCUGCCGGCCGCCUCAUGACAACGUUCCUGUACACGCACGACGCACACCCGGACGCCCACAAGAAACAAUGGCUCGCCCAAGUCGGACGCAAGCGCGUCAAUAUCACCGGCCCAUACCCACUCGCCCGAGACCCCACGCAGAGCGCUGCGUCCCCGUUCAGCCCCUCAGCAGCCAACCGUCUCGACGACAAGAUGCACCACGUCAACACCGCAUACCAGCCGCAACCGUCGCCCGUGAGCAGCGAGCACACGCAGCCCCUACCGCAACAGCCGCCGAGCCACUUCAUGCAUGCGAAUCAGGGGUACGCAUAUGUCCCGCCCGCGCCACCACCACCGCCUGUCCCGCACUUCCACAACGACGGAUACCAGGAAUACGCAUAUGUUCCUCCGCCGGCGCCGUAUGAUGCGCCGGCGAGCGUGCAGGAUUCGCGGAGUGCAGGUGGAGACGCGAGAUACGAGCGUGUGAGAAUGACGGAUGGCGACGACUGA